AUGCCGCCACCCAGUCCCAUCUUACAGCAUCUCAAGGACUCCGAGGCCAGAGAAAGUGGAGAGCGGGUGCCCAGACAGGUGCGGAGUCAGACGCCGCAGGCUCCACCGCCCACGGAGUGGGUCCAAGCGCCGCCUGCCGUCCAAGCGCAGGGCGGCUUGGUGCGUCGCCGGGACGAGUUGGGUCAACUCCUGCAGGUUGGCGCCGUUGGGGUGACCGAAGGCCCAAAUGCCACGCGGCUUGGGAGCCACUCGAAGCGGCUUGGGAGGUUGACCUGGUGGAUCCGUCGGCCAUCCGAGUUGGGCGUCGGUGGCGAAUCGACUGGACAGGUGAUUCUGGGCGUGGGCCGGGGCGACUUCGCCUUGAAGCUCUUGCGGGAUUGGUCCUCCGCGCAUGGCCUGUGGGGGGACCCAGCGAGGGAGUCCAGAUGGCUGGGACCGGACCGACCAGACCAGACUCAAAAGGGAAGAUACGACAUCAACGGCACGUGUUCUCUGACCGGACAGUGCCCCAAAACACCCAAAAACACAUAA